GCUAUAUACAUGGCCAUUUUUGUGUUAAGUAACAAAUACAUGUAUAUAGUGAUCUGCAUUAUGGUUGUAUUGAUGGAAUUGAUCUUUAUACACAAACUUUAGCACAAUGCGUGUACUGGACAUGAGCACAAUGUGUGUAAUGGACAUGAGCACAAUGUGUGUAAUGGACAUGAGCACAAAAAGAUCCUUACAAAAUGUUGCAUCAGAUGGACUGGCUGCCCUGUGCAAAGAAUGUGUUGGUCAUAACACUGCUGCUUAGACAACAUCGAAUUGCUACAAUUUAUUUAAACAAUAUUUUACGUAACAGCCAAUGCUGAGAACACACAAGAAAAUGCUGCUAAUUUAUCUUAUUCAAAGGAGUAAGUGGAUGUGUGAACUAGUUUAUUGAAAUACACAGCUUCCAAAAUUGUUUUUAAUCGAAAUCAUGGAAGUGUUGGUUCAGAAUGCUACCACAAAUGUGACUGAACGUGGGACUGUUGAAAUUGUGAUUGUAGCAACUAUUCAUCUGGUCAUUUUAUUCACUGCCAUUGGUGGGAAUGUGGCUGUAAUCUGUGCCAUUUACAAGUCAAACAAACUGCGUGAUGAAGUUUCCAAUUUGUUUUUGGUCAACUUGGCAAUUACAGACCUCAGUUCUGCAACAGUUGUAAUGACGAGUGCCUUUAUAUCGCUGGUGGCCAACUACUGGCCACUUGGCUGGGUCUGGUGCUAUGCCGUGUGCAUGGUAAACUACUUGCUAAUCAUAGUGUCUAUGCUCACUCUCUGCUUCAUCAGCAUUGACCGAUAUUUAGCCAUUGUCUAUCCGUUACAAUACAUUUCGAAACUGACUAAAGUCAAAAUUCUGCUUCUUAUUGGCUAUGCCUGGUUUCAUGGAAUAUCCUUUUCCAUCGUGCCUGUCUUGUUUCAGUGGAUUAAAUACGAUUACUGGGAAUACGUGUGUGCAAUAGAGUGGCAUGAACAGCGACAAAAAGCUCUCUACUAUGUGAUAAUGGCUUUUGUGUUUUGCUUCCUAUUACCAGGACUCGUCCUCAUGUUUCUGUACUGCCGUGUGCUAAAGGUGGCCCACGAGAAGUCCAGGAGGAUCAGAGUGAUGACAUUUCCUGCAACAGACCGGCCGAAAUACUGCAACAGUCACAAGGCCAUCAAGAGUCUGCUCAUAGUCAUUGUCAUGUACUUUCUGUGCAUGACGCCAUUCAGCCUUACAAAGCUGUACAAAGUGGCUUCCCAGAAAGAAAAAAGUUUGCCUGGUUACCUUAACCUGGUAUCCAGCAUCAUUGCUUACCUGUCCAGUGCUGUGAACCCUCUGAUAUAUGGUAUAUUUCGUAAAGACUUCCGACAGGCAUACAAACUCAUUUUCAGGAAACUCUUCAUUCAGAGCCAUUUGGCAAGAAAUACUAACAAUACAGCAGAGACUUCAUUCGACAGAUCAGAGUUCUGAUAAGCUGUUAUCUAACAAAUUUCAUAUUUUGUGAUUGAAGUCUAUUUUUGUAUUAACAAUAAAUUAUAUGUGUAAAAUGUU